AUGCCUCUCCCGGACUCAGAUACUGAAGUUAGAGCGUCCAGCGAAGCCGCGGAAACCUUUAUAAACCACUAUUACCAAGCCAUAAAUAAUCGAUCGACACUCCUUCCCUUCUAUAUCAACUCCUCGUCACGUUACUCUAUCGCAGCCGACAUCUCCAUCAACGGUUCUGUUGUUGCGACACCUGCAGACUACUCCACGUUAUUAGAGGCACAAGGCCAAGGCGUGCGCUAUGAGAUAGAAUCUCUGGAUGCCCACGUCAUUAACCCAUCAUCUCAGUAUGGGGCGCCCGAUAACAUUCACGAUAACAACAAGGUCGAGAAGAACGGGGGCCGAAUGAGCAUCGUGGUUACGACCAUGGGCAGGGUGCAGUUCGGCAAGGGACGGGAAGCACCACAAAAGAUGUUCAACGAGACCUUUGUCCUUGUACCUAACUGGGACGCGAUGGCGAGAAAUCCCCCUCGGGGGAUCAAGCGCUGGCUUAUCAUGUCGCAAAAUUUCCGUGCAUUAUGA